AUGACGAUCUGUACUUAUAAUGCACGCACGCUUGCAUCGGAAGACGCCAUCGAAGAUCUGAUGAUGCAAGCCAAGAAGAUCAAAUGCGACAUCAUCGGAGUGACCGAGAUGAGACGACGUCACCCUCUCAACACCGUAUAUGAAACUGGAGAAGAACUGCGGCACCACCCUCGAGAAAGCAAUGCGAAAGUUGGAAUGGGACGACAUGGAAGUCAUUUGCGCUUUGCUGAUGACAUCGUAUUGAUGACACCUAGCAUCAGUCAAGCGGAACGAAUGCUGGCCGAAUUCGACGAAACAUGUGGAUGCAUCGUUCUUCAGCUGAAUCUGCAAAAGACGAUGUUCAUGCGCAACGGAUGGGUCUCGGAUGCCCCAUUCACGCUCAACGGAACCAGCAUAUCCGAAUGCACCAGCUACGUUUAUCUGGGUCGGGAAUUAAACAUGACGAACGACCUGACCCCCGAGCUGGGCAGGAGGAGACGAGCGGCUUGGGAAGCGUAUAAGAGCAUCGAAGAUGUAGUGAAGAAGACCAGGAACACCCGGCUCCGUGCUCACCUCCUCAACACCACCGUACUUCCUGCUUUGACCUAUACUUCGGAAACCUGA